AUGGGUGUUACCGGGCUCUGGACAGUUGUGCAGCCUUGCGCCCGACCUAUCAAACUCGAAACCCUCAACAAGAAGCGACUGGCCGUCGACGCGUCGAUUUGGAUUUACCAGUUUUUGAAAGCAGUACGCGACAAAGAAGGAAAUGCGUUACGAAACUCUCAUAUUGUUGGAUUCUUUCGCCGGAUUUGCAAGCUUCUAUAUGUCGGCAUUCGCCCCGUCUUUGUCUUCGAUGGAGGUGCCCCAAUUCUCAAGCGCGAGACGAUCAACAAGCGGAAAAGAAGGCGUGAGGGGCGAAGAGAAGAUGCAUCUAGAACCGCCGGGAAGUUACUCGCGGUCCAAAUGUUGAGAAUCGCCGAAGAAGAAGCCGAGGCUCGAAAACAAAGCAAAAAGCGCGUCCGUGGAGACGAGGAAGAAGAAAUUGGUGCCCCGGUGUAUGCUGAAGAGGCCAUGUUGACUGAAAAGGAAAGGCAGAAUAACCGGAGCUUUAAGAAGAAGGAUGCCUAUCACCUACCGAACUUGGAUAUCUCGCUGGAGGAUAUGGGCGCACCGAACGACCCUCGAAUUAUGUCGCAAGAAGAGCUGGAGGAAUAUGCGCGACACUUCCACCAGGGCCAAGAUAUUAAUCUCUAUGAUUUCUCCAAAAUUGACUUUGACAGUGCUUUCUUCCUCAGUCUACCGCCCACAGAUCGUUAUAAUAUCCUGAAUGCAGCCAGACUACGAAGCAGACUGAGAAUGGGUUAUUCCAAGGAUCAGCUGGACGUCAUGUUCCCAAAUCGCAUGGAUUUCUCUAAGUUUCAAAUUGAACGAGUGACAGAACGCAAUGACCUGACACAACGACUUAUGAAUAUAAACGGCAUGAACGGAGAAGAGGCAUUUUACAAAUCUGGUCAGCGUAUCGCGGGCGAACGUGGCAGAGAAUAUGUCCUGGUCAAGGAUAGCCAGCAUGAAGGAGGCUGGGUUCUUGGCGUGGUGGGGAAUAAGAAUGAGGGACACGAGGACAAACCGAUUGAUGUAGAUCAAAUUGGCUUGCCUGAUUUACCAUCUGGCUCUGACGAGUCUGAUGAAGAGUUUGAAGAUGUGCCAAUCGAGGGUCUCAAUCGCCUGCCUAAGCUACCAUUUCUCCAACAAGGUGUCUUUGACUCAUCGCUCCAACAAUCACGAGAAGAGUCUGACAUGAGAAGGGCUACGCAUGAAUCUCGAAGAGAAGAAGUUGAUGACAACUCUCUUUUCGUACCAAGCGAGGGGCCUCUCCUUCCGCAGAAUCGAAAUGACAAGACCGACAGCUACUUUGACGAUGAAGAAGACGAGGAACUCCAAAAAGCUAUAUCACUGUCUAUGCAGCCUAACGAUGACCAUGAUGAUGACAUGCCUGAUAUUCAAAUCAAUCGGCCCAUGACCACAAUGACGCACACCGAAGCUAUGCCAGAUCCCAAUCUUAGUGAAAGUGACGACGAUGGCAUGGACUUUGCGGCUGCAGUUGCACAAACCAAAGUUUCUACGAACAAACCUCGACCACAGAAUCCGUUCGAUGGGCCUCUUCCUUUCGAGUCAAUCAAACUCACCAAGGUCGUUAAAGAUGACAAGCCCCUCCAAAUUGACGACAAUGAAGGUGGUUUCAUGAAAGAGUCAAGCAAAAAGGCCAAGGGAGGGCCUCUACCGCCGUGGUUCGCGGGUGCGAAAUUGAAUGAGGAAUUCAUUGUGGAUCCGACCUUUGAGGAUCCUGAAGACUACAAGGAGCCAGAAGAUCCCGAUCACCUCUUCCUCUCCAACCGCCGCCCAGCGGAGGUUAUAGAUGUCGAUGAGAUGUCCGACACCAAAGAAGUGGUUGAAUUGGAUGAAGACCCAGAGGAUGAACCCGUUACAGACUCAAAUUUUAUAGAGUUAAAACCUAGCUCUGAAACUGCUGAGAUUUUGAAUCCAGAGGUUGCCGAUGUGGGCUCAAAUGUAGAGUCAAGAUUAGAGGAGGAAAGGGAAGUCGGUCCCGAUCACAACCCAACCACAGAGUCGUCACUGGAGCCAGUAUUUGAAACUGUAAAUUCUCCAUUCCCAAGCUCUGUCGAUGUGCAGAAAGAGUCUCAACACGAGCCUUUACCACCAAGGGAAGAAAUACUUGACAAAGGGCAACAUUCGCAAGCCACACGGCCUGAAGAUUCACCGGAGCCAGAGUUUGAAGAUGUUUUGGCACCCCUACCAGCACCCGAAAUUACUGUGGUCUCCCGCGCCACAGUUCCCAACCAGCGCGUCGAGCUACCGGAAGAACUUAUCAACAAUGAACCAACCAUGGAAUAUGAGGGCGAGUUCAGCGACCCCGAAGACGAAGAGCUGAUGCAACAGCUCGCCGAGGAAUCCGAAGAGCAUGCGCGGUUUGCUCAGACUUUGAACUCGGCGGCACCCAUUCAAACCGCACUCGACUAUGAGGAAGAGCUCAAGCAGCUACGGAACCAGCAACAGAAAGAUCGGCGUGAUGCAGACGAGGUUACUACCAUCAUGAUAAACGAGUGUCAGCAGUUACUCAAACUCUUUGGAUUGCCCUAUAUUACAGCUCCCAUGGAGGCUGAAGCCCAGUGCGCUGAGCUAGUAUCUUUGGGACUUGUGGAUGGUAUCGUUACAGACGACAGUGAUACGUUUCUCUUUGGUGGAACUCGAGUCUACAAGAACAUGUUCAACCAAAGCAAAUAUGUCGAAUGUUAUUUGACCUCCGACUUUGAAAAAGAAUAUUCUCUACAUCGCAAGAAGCUGAUAAGCUUCGCCCAUCUCUUGGGAAGUGAUUAUACCGAGGGAAUCCCCGGUAUUGGACCUGUGACUGCACUCGAGUUGAUCACCGAGUUCUCAAGUCUCGAAGAAUUCCGAGACUGGUGGUCAGAGCUUCAGAUGGGUGUAAACAACCCAGAUGACAAGCACGUGGCCUUCCGGAAAAAAUUUCGAAAGAAGGCGUCAAAGAUUUUCUUGCCUCCUUCAUUUCCCGAUGAACGAGUAGAGGCUGCCUAUCUUGAGCCGGAGGUUGACUCGGAUCCCUCGCAGUUCCAGUGGGGUGUACCAGACUUGAACGGACUGAGAGGAUUUCUCAUGUCGACAAUUGGGUGGAGUCCUGAGCGAACAGACGAAGUACUGGUGCCCGUGAUUCGAGAUAUGAAUCGCAGGGGGGAAGAAGGUACCCAGUCGAACAUUACCCAGUUCAUGCAGGGACCUCAAGGUGCCGGAGCAUUUGCCCCUCGAGUCCGCAGUGGCGGUGUGAGUCGCAUGGAAAAGGCAUUUGGCCGCCUUCAAAGACAAGCUCAGAUAGCCCAGGAUCCCUCUGCUAGCGAGCCAAUGGAGGAUGAGGCCAACACCACAUCCGCGCCCACACAGGAGAAAGGCACAUCGACUCAAACGGGCAAGGGCACAGGUCGCACAAAUAAGAAGCGGAAGACACGCGCUACUUCCGAUAAAUUAUAG